AUGAAGUAUCAAGUUCUUCUCCUGGCCGCCUCGGCCGCCAACAUGGCCCUCGCCAAGCCCGUCAAGCCCUGCUCGGCCCGCAGCCGUAGCACCAAGAUCAUCACUUACACCCAGACGGGAACGAGCGCCCCCAUCCAAGCAACUCCCGUCGUCCUGCCGUCCCCCGUCGAGACCCCGACCGAGUCGUCCGCACCCGCCACAACCCCCGAAGCCUCCCAGGCCCCGGUCGAGGCGGCCGCAAGCUCUUCUACUGCCGCCGCGAGCACCGCCGUCGCCUCCACGACCCCCAUCAGCGCCGAGUCCACCUCCGGCGAGUCGACCUUCUACGGCGGCAACACCUCCGGCGGCAUGUGCUCCUUCUCCACUUACACCAUCCCCUCCGGCCUCUACGGCACCGCCUUCUCCGGCUCGGCCUGGGACUUCGCCGCCAAGUGCGGCGCCUGCGUCAAGGUGACGGGCCCGAACGGCGUCAUCACCGCCAUGAUCGUCGACCAGUGCCCCGAGUGCUCCGCGGGCCAGCUCGACCUGUUCCAGGACGCCUUCGCCAAGAUCGGCGACAUCUCGGCCGGCAAGAUCGCGACGUCGUACGAGUUCGUCGAGUGCGGCAUCACCUCGGCCAUCAAGCUGCACAACAAGUCGGGCACCUCGUCGCACUGGUUCUCCAUGCAGGUCCUCAACCACAACGAGCCCGUCGCCAAGCUCGAGGUCAGCACCGACGGCGGCAGCACCUGGCAGGCGACCACGCGCCAGCAGUACAACUUCUUUGAGAACUCGAGCGGCUUCGGCACCGAGACUGUGGACGUCAAGGUCACGAGCGAGAGCGGGUCGUCGGUGACUGUCAAGGAUGUCAGCGUCGCGGCCGACUCCGAGACCACGGCGUCGGGUAACUUCUAA